UGUGUCGACAGAGGUCGCUGUUGGGAGGGGGGAGGUUUCUUGGCCUUGCUUGGCCUUGCUUGGCUCAGGAAGCGAAAGUGGACACAGCACCAACCAGACCGAUCGGUUGCUGCGUUUGAUUGGCUCUGGGGGUUGAUUCACACGGUCAGGUCUCGAUCGCACCCACAGAUCAAAGGAUAAAGGCGUAUCCGCUACCGACGACCGGCAUCAAAGUGUCCCUCCCCCACAGCCGCACAAAAAAUGAGCACCAAGCCAGCCAACGUCAACGCCCCAUCGGCGGCCGCAAACGCAGCAGCAGCGACGGUCGCAGCAACCGAGCUUGCAGGCCCAGACGCAAAUCAAGCAACCGGGAGCAAAGACGGACUGGCUGCGGGAACCAAUGCGACUCGAGUCUCGUAUUUGGAUGUGAUCCAUGACACGCUCCAGAAGCAGGGCAAGACGACCAUCAUUUCGCGCGUGGUUGUCUGCGGAGAACUGCCCAGGACCGACGAGCGACCAGACUAUGCAGGAAACUACACCAAGCUCUUCAAGCAGUUCCAGACCGACACCGACCUCAUCACCGGAAUCAUGCUGAUUCUGCCCGGAUCUUUCAUCCACAUUAUCGAGAGCACUCAGAAGAUUGCUCUGGCUUUUCUGCGGGAUCUGGCCAAUACGGCAAACGGAUUCCUCUCUGUCCGGAUCCUGUUCUACGCCGAUGACAUCCCAAGUCGGAGCUAUCCGGUCUGGGCGACCCGAGUGAUUGUCGACAGCCCGAUCGGCGGCUUUGACUUGCACGAAGAUGCUCUCUCUGAGGAACAGCUUCCGAGCGGGAUCAGCGAGCUGUGUCUCACCAUGGUCAAACUCGGCACAGCACUCGGGAGCUUGUCUCGGAACGACCUCAAGAGCGCCCUGGACGAGCUGCCGAAUCGGUUUGCGGCACACAUUCCCUCGGACCACACCCUCGUGGCUGUAUCCAAGUGUGACUCGAUCAUGUCCAUCGCCGACUAUUUGGAUAUCUACACCGGUCACGUUAAGAUCGUCUUGGACAGCGAGCUUGUCUGGCCAAUGCCCAAGACCCUUGUAUACUAGCCACACCGAACCUCGGCUGCAGCGCUCGAACGAAACAUGCAUCGAUGACUCCUCGUGAGGACAUCCGAUGCGACUGGAGGCCAUGACGCUGGGCGAAAGAGCAAGUCCUUUCAUGACCCUCGCAGUUUUUGCAAGAAGCCAGGUGCCCCAAACAUCAGUGCUGCACGAUCAGCCGGUGGUUUAUUCAAUCCACAGUCCGCUUCCAUCUUCUGGCGAAACAACAAGAGGCGAUACAAGUUAUGGUGCGGUCAUUUGGCAGAGACACAUUGACGAUUAAAUCUUCUUCACAAU